AUUAUGAGAUAAUACAUAAGGAUAUAGUAAGUUUGGGCAAGACAGACUUGAGCUCCAGGCGGCAUGUUUCCUGACUCCACUGCACCACCUCGUCCAGGAGUGAAGUAUUGGUCUGAGACAUGACGACGCCAGUCAACCACCACAAUGCUGUCAAAACAGCGCUGAAGGACCUAAAAGACGAGCUGUGAGUGAGUGAGUGGGUGGUUGGACUUUUUUUUCCUCUGAACUCAAGAGUGUCAGCAGCUUUCACUGAGGUCACUGUGGUGGGGUGUGCAAGAAGUACAGCCGAAGAAGAACCCAUGCGCUUUCAUCUACAGUACCUGAAGGCAUCAUCGCUCAAAGCCACAGUUGCAGACACCACUACCCACAAUUCUCCCUUGACGCAUGCGCAAUACGCUCAGCGGCCCUAAAGGCGUUGCUGCUUGCUUCUGGUGUCCUCUCGAAAGAUGCGUCGCUCCCCGGCAGCAUCAGUACCAGCUCCACCGUGCUAAUUUCCGGAAAGCGGAGGGACGAUAGGAGAAACCGGCAGUGCUGUUUGCGGGACGAGGGUCGCCGGACUACGGCCGGCGAGAUGGGAGACCAGAAGGAGUCUCUGCGUAAAAUCACCCACACGCUGGCCACCAAGAAUGAGGAGAUUUCCAAUUUUAUCUGCAGUCUCAAACAGAGCCUGGACAACUUGGAGGCCAAUUCCACCAGAGUUCAGGAUGACCUGGAAUCGGAGUUCAAUGCCCUCCACUCGGUUCUGGAUGACAUGAAGGAGAACAUGUUGACACGCAUUAAGCAAGAACGAGCCAGCCGCACGUAUGAACUACAGAGUCAGCUAAGCGCGUGUUCUAAAGCGCUUGAAAGUUCCGAGGAGCUGCUGGAGCUGGCCAAUCAGACACUUUGCUCUUCCCAGACGGACGGCUUCACGCAGGCAGCCAAAGACAUUAAGGAUAGCGUGACAAUGGCUCCGGCCUUCCGCCUCUCCCUGAAGGCCAAGGCCAGUGACAACAUGAGCCACUUGAUGGUGGACUUCAGCCAGGAGAAGGACAUGCUGCAGGGCCUCAAGUUUCUCCCAGUUCCAGCGACACCAGAGAUUCAAGUGUCGGAGUGCCAGGUGUGUGACAACACAGUGACUGUCAUUUGGAGCUUAGCAGAGCCUGACAACAAAAUAGACCACUACAUCCUGGAACAUCGGCGGACCAACCACGAGGGCCCGCCACGCAUCCGAGAGGACUACCCUUGGAUGGUGGUAGAGGGGAUAAAGGAGAUGGACCACACGCUGACUGGUCUGCGCUUUGACACUCGUUUCAUGACAUUCAGAGUGAGGGCGUGUAACAAGGCUGUAGCCGGUGAUUUCUCUGAGCCUGUUACUCUGGAAACACACGCAUUCACUUUCAAAUUGGACGCUGCGUCAGCCCACCAGAACUUGAAAGUAGAGGACCUGAGUGUGGAGUGGGACGGCAGCGGAGGAAAGGUUCAGGACAUUCGCAAAGAAAAGACCCGAAUCAGCUCGCCCAUGCAGUCACCAGCCAGGCCAGCCUUGAUGUCGCCUAAGAGAGUACCAACGGCCCGACCCAGCAGAGACCGCUUCACAGCAGAGUCCUACACAGUCCUGGCCGACACCGCCAUCGAUGCUGGCCAGCAGUACUGGGAGGUGCGCUUCGACAAGGACAGCAAGGCCUUCGCCGUGGGCAUAGCCCUGCGCAGCCUCGGACGCUUUGACCAGCUGGGCAAGAGCAGUGCCUCCUGGUGCAUCCACCUGAACAACUGGCUACAGCAGAGUCUCACCGCCAAGCACAACAAUAAGGCCCGGACACUGGAGUGCGCCAUCCCGAACAGUAUAGGAGUUUUCUGUAAUUAUGACGAAGGCGUUCUUUCCUUUUUCAACGCAAAAACAAAGCAGCUGAUGCACACCUUCAGGACCAAGUUCCAGCAGCCAGUAAUCCCAGCAUUCAUGGUGUGGAACGGCAGCUUCUCGGUGGUGACAGGCCUGCAAGUCCCGAGCGUGGUCCAAAGCGGCCAGAGAAAGAACAGCGGCACCAGCAGCUCCAACGCCAGCCUCACCUAGAGACCCAGCACUUCCCAGCAUUCACCCCUGCGCAGCCAGCUUGACGGCCCCGCCUUGUGGUCCACAGCGCAACAGUUAGUAGGUCAUAAGAUACUGUGCGCUCCUCACACGGGAGGGGGGCUGGUUUCUUCCGUCUUCUCGCAUGUCAAGCUCCGUCCUAUGACUUAGCGCUGGCCGCUGCCCUUGUUAAACCCCUUCCCACUUCCUUCACUGCAGGUCAUAUUUGCUCUCUUCCUGUGCCUUUCUUCUCAUUUCCACUGUUGCGAGAGAGACACCUUCCCAUUUCAUUUUUAAAUGUUAGUGUCUAAUGUGUCUAUUCACGUAGCUUAGUGGUCAUUAUGCACCUAUACAACUAUUUAACCCAAAUGACAAACCUGCUUUUUGCUACCCAAUACAAUGUAGCUCGUUUAUUGGCGUCCUUCCUGUCACUACUUUACAGGUUGCCAUCUCAACUCUAAUCAAAGACUACUUAUUUUGAAUCGUGCAUGACACAAGAUGGCUAAAAUCAGAGAGUAGAUGUGCUCUUUUCAGAGUUCCACCUUUUUAAACCGAACUUUUCUUCCUAGCGUUGAACAGUAAUCGUAUUGAUUUGCAAGAUGUGCUGAGUAGCUAGCUAACUAACCUUGCUACUAAUCAGUGAUCACCUUCUGAUCUCUAGGAGAAUCAGGAUUUCUUGAAGCUCAUUUUUGGCAGUCGCAUUUCAGAUUUAGGAGUUGACUUAAGAAGCAUUUACAGUGGAACCUCCAAAAUCGAGCACUCCAAAAAACAGACAAAAAUAGGCCUAAAGAGUCAAAUGUAAUUUGAUGUCAUAUCAAAUCUCAUUCAGCUCACUGAGUUAACUUUGUGAUUGUGUUUUUUUACUUAGGUUUUGGCUUUUUGUGUUUUGGUUAGCCUACCAGUGAUGAGGAAAAGUGUGAUGCUGAUAACCAUAAAACAGGAAAUGGACCUUGCUGUGACAUACGAAAGAGUAUGGCUAAUCAGUGCAGUGUGUAGUAGCUGUAUGGGCAAUACAUUUAUACAAUUACUUAGAUAUCAGUUACAUACACAGUUAUACAUGUAUUAAAUUAUAUAUUACAUUAUUAUACAUUACACAAUACGUUAUACCAAAACCAAAAAAUACACUCCUGUUCCCUCUCCAUUACAUUUCAUGGGUGACUCGUUUUACUGUAUUUUAGUUGUACCUACUUUCAUUAUGCUAGUGUUGUUGCUCUUCUGUGACAGUUGAGCAUGUUUGUUAUUUAAAAAAUUAAUUAAUGUUUUAUGAGGGUGACAGUUUGAGACUAGAGAAAAUGAAUUCCCUUUCCAUUAUUUCCAAUGAGAAAAAUUUGGAAGUCAACCAGCGUGUAUGACUUUGGAGUUUCCACUGUACAAAACGUACUGUACUGUCAAAACGUACAAGUGUAUUCAGUGCAUGAUCACUCAGUAACCUCCUGAACCCCAUUUUUGCUUUAUUGGUCAUAAAGAAAACAGAGCUUCAUUUUCAUAGCCUCAUUUUUGUACACAUUUCUGUCAUUAACGUCACAAUAGAGUGUGAGCUGUCACUGUUGCUGCCCGAGCAUAACCUCCUACUUGCCAGUAUGGUUUGACUGACAAGUUCUUUAAUCAGCUCUUAUCUGUCAGUGUUCUGUCCCACCAGGCUGGCAAAAAAAACGAGUUGGAAUUGAUGAAAUGUUGUCAUGUACCUGUUUACUUCCUCAUCGCAAUGCCACUUUGUGUGCGCCUGGAAAAUACCUGUAGAUGCUCGUAAAGAAGAAGGGAAUCUUUUUGGUUUGUUCAUACUAAUGAAACGUCACAACCUAGUGUAAUUAAUUAGCAAUCAAUCAAUGGGGGUAAUAAAGGAGUGAGAGCA